AUGAGAGGAAAAUAUUGUAUUGGGAUCAUAAUUUUAGGCAUUUCAAUCCUUCUACAAGCAUCUGAAGCUCAACUGAAGAAGGGUUUCUAUUCCAAUAGCUGCCCAAAAGCUGAGAAAAUUGUGAAGGACUAUGUCAAACAGCAUAUCCACAAUGCUCCUUCAGUAGCAGCAGCGGUCUUGAGAAUGCAUUUUCAUGAUUGCUUUGUCAGGGGUUGUGAUGCCUCAGUUCUUUUGAAUUCAACUUCCAAUAACACAGCAGAAAAAGAGGCUCCCCCAAAUCAAACAGUCAGAGGAUUUGGCUUCAUUGACGCAAUAAAAAGCCUUGUAGAAGCUAAAUGCCCUGGAGUUGUUUCUUGUGCAGAUAUCCUCGCUUUGGCAGCCAGAGAUGCCAUUGUGGAAACAGGAGGUCCAUUCUGGAGAGUUCCAACUGGGAGAAGAGAUGGGACAGUUUCAAUUAGAUCAGAAGCAGCAAACAACAUCCCAGCUCCAACCUCAAACUUCUCCACACUCCAAACACUUUUUGGUAAUCAGGGCCUUGAUCUAAAGGAAUUAGUAUUGCUUGCAGGUGCUCACACAAUUGGUGUAAGUCAUUGCAGUUCAUUCUCAACCCGGCUCUACAAUUUCACCGGUGUGGGCGACCAAGACCCCGCUUUGGACAGCGAAUACGCUGCGAAUCUAAAGGCGAAAAAGUGCAAAAGUCUGAGCGAUAACAAGACGAUAGUUGAGAUGGACCCCGGAAGCCGGAAGACCUUCGACCUCAGCUACUACACCCUCUUGCUCAAGAGAAGGGGUCUUUUCCAAUCCGAUUCAGCCUUGACCACAAACUCUGUUACGAAGUCCUACAUUAAGCAGCUGCUUCAAGGAUCGCUUAGCAACUACUUUUCUGAGUUUGCCAAAGCCAUGGAGAAAAUGGGACGAACUAAAGUCAAAACUGGCUCGGAUGGUGAGAUUAGGAAGCAAUGUGCAGUUGUGAAUAGUUAGAUAUAUUUAUUGUUCAAGUCUAUGUUAUUAUCAUUUCCAUGUGUUUAAUUAUUCAGUGUGGUGAUAAUAUUUUUCUUUUGUGCGGAGGAGAUCAAUAAUCAUAAUCAUUAUAUACGUAUGUAUCGAUCA